UUUGAUUAUCCGCCACUCCGCAGUCUCAAAGAAACGGCUGUCGGAAGAGGUCCGUGAGCUGUUCACCUUCCCGUCCUUUAGAUCUUGUCUUCACAAUUCUUUUUUUUGGUCAAUAAACUUACAAAAUUUCGUUACGAAAUGAAAAAAAAUAGAUCGGUGAAGGACAAUACCGUCAUUCCAUUAUUUCCACCGUUGUAGUACUAUUUUAACUGCAUAGUAUCUCCAUUUUCGUUUUCCAUUUUUUUUCCAUUUGAUUUACCGACAUAAACAGUAAAUUCUGGGGAACACGAGGAGUUUUCUUUGAAGAGAGUGAUUGAUCCGAAGAAAGUUCGAGAAACUUUUUGAUUUUGGGGAUUGUUUGGUACACAGGGAAACUUCAAACAAAAAAAAAGGAAAAAGGAUUAUUGGUUUUUUGCAUUGAUGGGGUUUUUUAGUACUGUGUUGGGUUUUUGUGGAUUUGGAGUUGGGAUUUCGUCGGGUCUCGUGAUCGGUUAUUAUUUCUUCAUCUACUUCCAGCCUAGCGAUGUCAAGGGUUUAGUUAUGAUUCUAGCAGCAGGCUCUGAGAGCUGGGUUUAAGAAAAAAAUAAGCCACAGUUGGGGUGACUUGAAAUCAGGGUUCCUCCCUCAUUUUCCUGAUGCUAAAGAAAAGAAUAAAAUGUUUGGUAUUUGUUCAUGAUAAAUGGGGAAAAAGGAACAUAGAAGGAGAGCUGAAGGAAAUAAUGUUGAUCCUGAAAUCCGUCCAUUGGUUGAGCAAGAUUCAGAGACUUUACAAAGGAUGCUUCCUGAGAUACCACUCUGGGUUAAAAACCCAGACUAUGAUCGUGUUGACUGGAUAAACAAGUUUUUGGAGUAUUUGUGGCCUUAUCUUGACAAGGCCAUUUGUACGACCGCCAAGAAUAUUGCCAAACCCAUAAUUGAGGAGCAAAUUCCUAAAUAUAAAUUUGACGCCAUUGAAUUUGAAACACUUACAUUAGGAUCUCUGCCACCGACUUUCCAAGGUAUGAAGGUUUAUGUCACGGAAGAGAAGGAAUUAAUCAUGGAACCAUUGAUAAAGUGGGCUGGAAAUCCUAAUGUUAUUGUUGCUGUAAAAGCAUUUGGACUGAAGGCAACUGUUCAGGUAGUGGAUUUGCAAGUGUUUGCUCUACCGCGCAUUACCUUGAAGCCUUUGGUCCCAAGCUUUCCGUGUUUUGCAAAUAUCUAUGUGUCCUUGAUGGAGAAGCCCCAUAUUGACUUUGGAUUGAAGCUUAUAGGGGCUGAUCUCAUGUCAAUACCUGGUCUCUACAGGUUUGUCCAGGAGCUCAUCAAAGAUCAGGUUGCAAACAUGUAUCUUUGGCCUAAAACCCUGCAAGUACCAAUUCUGGAUCCAGCAAAAGCUUUUAAGAGACCUGUAGGAAUUCUCCAUGUGAAAGUUGUAAGGGCAAUGAAGCUAAGAAAGAAAGAUCUUUUGGGUGCAUCAGACCCUUAUGUUAAACUAAAGCUAACUGAGGAUAAGCUUUCAUCUAAGAAAACCACUGUGAAGCACAAGAACUUAAACCCCGAAUGGAAUGAGGAAUUUGAUAUGGUUGUUAAAGAUCCUGAGACCCAGGCUUUAGAGUUUAAUGUUUUUGACUGGGAGCAGGUUGGUAAGCACGACAAGAUGGGUAUGAAUGUGGUUCCUUUGAAAGAACUUACUCCUGAGGAGCCAAAAGUUAUGACCCUUGAACUCCUUAAAAAUAUGGACUUAAAUGAUGCUCAAAAUGAGAAGUCACGUGGGCAGCUUGUGAUGGAACUAACAUAUACGCCCUUAAAAGAUGAUGAAAUACCAAAAACUUUUGAGGAGUCAAAAACAGUGCAGAAGGCUCCUGAGGAUACACCUGACGGAGGAGGUGUGCUUGUAGUCAUAGUCCAUGAGGCACAAGAUGUUGAAGGAAAGCACCACACUAAUCCAUACGUGCGGGUUCUCUUUAGAGGCGAGGAUAAAAAGACUAAGCAUGUAAAGAGAAACAGAGAUCCAAGAUGGGAAGAGGAGUUUACAUUUAUGUUAGAUGAACCUCCCACUAAUGAUAAAUUGCAUGUGGAAGUUCUCAGCAGUUCAUCAAGGAUAGGCCUGCUGCACCCUAAGGAAUCACUAGGUUAUAUCGACAUCAAUCUUGCCGAUGUUGUUAGCAACAGAAGAAUCAAUGAGAGAUACCAUCUUAUAGACUCAAAGAAUGGACGGAUCCAGAUAGAGUUGCAAUGGAGAACUAAAUGAGCUUAGUGUAUCUCUUUCUUUUAUACCCUUGAAUAUUGUUGGAUUUUUCUGAAUUUGAGGAUUUACUGCACCACAGCAAGCCAUUUCUUAAUCUGUCUUCAACAUUAUAGGUCAUUUUAUUUGUUUGUUUCUGUACAUGAUUGUAAUAAUAGCACCAACUACGGAGGACGACGCUUUCUAUUUUUGA